CUGCCCGCUGCCAGCUCGCGCCUCGGGGAGUGAGUUAUUUGGGAAGAGGGAGAGGAGGAGGGAGAAAAAAAAAAAGAAGUAGAAGAAGGAGACGGAUCCCGGGGGAGGCGAGUGGGAGGAGGGAAAAGUGAUGGCGGCACGGCGGCUGAGAGCGGCUUAAUCAAUACUCGCCACUUGUUGGCUCUUCCCGGAGACUGUGCGGCGGCUGGGAGAAGGAGGGACAGCCCGAGCCGGCCACACGGAAACUUCAGCAGAUGGUUGUCUUGUGGCAAUGGAAUUAUACAGACUGAAUGUGGUGGGGUGACUCCUUACUUGGGGUUUCCCAUGAACUCAGAGGAGAAAUCAUUCUUAUGAUUUCUGUUGUCCAUGUUACCAGGAGUGACAGUGAAUUAUUUUCCUGAAGACUACAUAAUUAGUGACAUAAAAAUGAUGAAAACCGAAGGGAAAGGGGAGAGGACACUUAGAAGUGCUUCUCCACACAGAAAUGCAUACAAGUCUGAUUUCCAUGCCAUUAAGUGUUCAUUUGAUGGUGUAAAACCUGAAAUUUCACCUAAGCCAGUGUCUCUGAAGCUGAAUACCAAUGGAUCUCCAGGUGAAACAAGAGGACGUGCCUCAUAUGGUAACCGUGUCCACAAGAUCAAAAAUAUGUUCAUGCAAAUGAGUUCAUGUCCCAAUGAAAAUACUGUGGAGACUAAACUAAUUAAAACAGAUUCUGUUUCCCCUGUGACAAACAAUUCUAGUGAAAGUGUACAAAAGAUCAAUGCCUUAAAUGCAAGUCCUGAACUGCCAUCUCCCGAGAAGGUGGUCAAGACAAAUGAGGAAGUGGAUUUGGACAAGGCAUCCUUGGCUGAAAAGUUUUCAGAAACCAGGAAGCUGUUUGAAAGAAACCUCAACCGUCAAUCUACAUUUGACAGAUCAUCUCCCACCAAGGAAGAAAAGGUGUCCAGGAUUGAACGAAGACAUGGCUCUUUUGAAUUAGAAAGUGCUUCUUCUGAUCGCAGCCCAUCUAGUGUAUCUUCCAUGACAAGUAUUGCCACAUCUCCUACAUCUUCUAAGAAUAGAGAAUCCCAAGAGACAAAUGUAUUAAGUCACAGAUCAUCCUCCACUUCUUCCUCUGUCAGUGCAGGACCAAUCUCCAGGAGGCUGGAUAGUUUUCUUGGUGACAGUGAUGGCGAGGAAAACAAAGACUUGUCCAAGGCAGAUGACUGUUUGAGCGAUGCUGAGAAUUCAAGUUUGCCACCAGCAGAAAACAGCAUAAAUACUUUGUCAGCCAAGAAACUGAAUAAUAAUGUUGGGACCAAACACAUUUCUACUCAUGACCAAAGGUCAGAAGAGACCUUGUCCUUGGAGAGUAAAUCACGCUGUUCAAAUGCUGUAAUUGGAGAUGACAUAACGUCUCUUAAGAAUAACAAUAGCAUAUUUAACAACUCAUCUGAUUCUAAGAGUUCUGUAACUGAAAAAUCACAAACUGAAAUGGUGAGAGCAGAACUGGUAGUCUUACAAAAUGAAUCGUCUGAGAGUGAUGGUGAAGAUUUGAAAGAUGAUGUGUUUGAUGACCUAAAGACACUUGACCAGAAACAGUUGGAUUCUGUCCAAAAGUUUGAAAAUGGUGUGAAGCAACAAAGUGAGGCAGGUUCUGAAGACCUUGCUAUCACAACAUCAGAGGACAUCCCCAGGAAACCACUUGAUGAUGUAGAGACUGUGGAUAGUGAAGAGGAUGAUGAGAGUGAAUUUGAGGAACCCAUUGAUAAAAACAAAAAUACAGUUCAAUAUUCCACAAAUGUGUAUGGGAUUGAAAAUGCUGCUUUUGACGAUGACAGAGACACAGAAACAGAGAAUUGCAUAGGUGAAAGCAAAGAAGCGUUUGCCACUGAAGAUGAGGAUUAUGAAGUCUGUAGCGAUUAUGAAGAACUAUCUGGUCUUUCUGAAGAUGAGAACCCGGAGCCCAACCGAAAGGUCAAGUUUUCUACUGCUCCAAUUAAGGUGUUCACUACAUUCUCAAAUGAAGAUUAUGACAGACGUAAUGAAGAGGUGGAUCCAGUUGCAGCCUCCGCAGAGUAUGAACUGGAGAAAAGAGUGGAAAAAAUGGAUGUUUUCCCUGUGGAGAUUGAAAAGGGUGAUAGUGGACUUGGUAUUAGUAUCAUUGGAAUGGGGGUCGGGGCUGACCAGGGUUUGGAGAAGUUGGGAAUCUUUGUGAAAACAAUUACUGAAGGUGGAGCAGCUCAGAGAGAUGGCCGUAUUCAAGUCAAUGACCAGAUAGUCGAGGUUGAUGGUACAAGCUUAGUAGGAGUUACUCAAUUUUUUGCUGCCACAGUACUGAAAAACACCAAAGGUACAGUCAGAUUUCUUAUUGGGAGAGAGAGACCAGGUACACAGAGUGAAGUGGCACGUCUUAUAAGUGAAACCUUGGAACAGGAGAGAUGCCAGCAACAAAUCUAUAACCAGCAAUACUCAGAGGGCAGUACUGGGCAGGAAGAUUUUGAUGAAGAUGACGACGAUGACGACGAUGAUGAUGAUGAUGAUGAAGAUGAAGACAAUCUAGGAACUCAUUUACUUGGUGGAAAUUCUGUUGAGGUUUUUGAGUUGUCUGAGAGUGAGGAAACUAAUUUUGCUUUGGAUAUGGAUUCAUCACAACUGGCACUUAAAUUUAAAGAGCUUCAACUCAAACAUGCAGUUACUACUGCAGAAGUGAGCAAGCUGAAAGACCGAAUUAAAGCUACUGAAACUGAAAAAAUGGAUUGGGAGGCUAACAAGAUAAAGUAUCAGCAGUCUAUUGACGAAAACAAGGAAAAAAUUAAAAAGUUGGAAACCUACUGGCUGGAAGCUCAAGGACUUUGCAAAACUGUUAGUGAACACUUGAAAGAAACACAGGAGCAGUAUGAUGCAUUGGAGAAAAAAUAUGCCAAGGCCAAAAAGCUACUGAAGGAUUUUCAGCUUAAGGAAAUAGAAUUUGAAAAAAAAGAAGAGGAGCACAGAGAGCUUCUGAAACAAAAAGACAGGCAUCAUACAGAACAAAUUGGUACUCUGAAUGCAAGGAUCUCUGCACUUGAGGACAGGCUGCAUGCGUAUGAACUUAAAGGAUUACCAUCCAACAAGAACGAGGAAAUUAAUGAAAUCUGCUCAGAGUUGUCGAGGGGCCAUCCUAGUGUGGCACAAACUCCAGAAGAUUUAGAAUUUGAAGAUCCAGUAGAAGAUUUUGAUGUGUGUGUGGGAGAAACUCAGCGUUUAGACACUAGUGCCCACAGGGCGAAAGCUCAGCUUGCACUUAAAGUGAAAAAGCAACGUCCAUCACGGAAUAAACUAAAGGAAUCUUUUGUUAGUGAUAGGCAUAGUAUUAAAAUAGAGGAGGGUGAUGCAGAAGAAAUGGUUCAGACUGCAACUGCCAACUCUUGUGAGAACAAAGCUGAAGACACAGAGGAGCAGUUGGCUAUGCCAGUAUCUCAGGAUGAAGAUCAAUGGACUGAAAAGUGUCAACCUGCAGAAAGUUUAGGUAGCCUUCUGGAAUCAAACCCCUCCAUUUCCGCUUCCUCCUCCCCAGCACACAGGACUAACACUGAAACCAUUCUAACCAAAAGUCAGUCUCCCACAGGGGAAGAGGUAGCGCAGACCUCUCCGGGAGGAUACAUUAGAAAUACCAAGCUGAGAGAGUCUAAGGGCAAAAGCAAAGUCGCCAAAGAUGAGAAGAAAAAUGAUGACAAAGCAGGCGAGUCCAAUGAAAGCACUGGAAAGCACAAACGAAGAUUCCCUGACUUUGGAGGAUUGCGGAAGUCUGGAGGCAAGGGCAAAAAACAUGAUCGAGAGACUCGAAGUUCAUUGGAUAGCCGUGGUUCUAGAGAUCUUCUUGAGGAUGCUGGCAAUCAGUCCCUGUCCGAUUCAGAUUCACCGGUACCCACUUGCAUGCCUUUCUCUUGGUUUGGAGAGAGCCACAAAGAAUCUGGCAGCUUCACCUUCCCGCAGAGUGGGCCUGAAAAUAAUGUGGAGCAAGGGCAAGAAAAAAGUAGAAAUAAGGCACUAGAUGAUGAUGCCAGCACAACUGGGAAACAAAAUCAGUGGCAUAAUAGACCUGUAUGUGACUGGACUGCUCAACAAGUGUGCCACUGGCUAAUAGGAAUGAACAUGGAACAAUAUAUCACGGAGUUUACAGCCAAAAACGUAGAUGGGCAGCAAUUAAUGUUGCUGGACAGUGACAGAUUGAAGGCACUGGGUGUUUCAAGUCAGACUGAUCGAGCCACAAUCAAAAAGAAAAUUAAGGAAAUCAAAAGAGCACAAGAAAAACUGGAAAAACAAAAGGAGAAGUUUUCUAAAAAAGAAAUACAAAAACGUAGUGGCAAAGUAGUUGGUACUGUGGAGUCAAACUGCUGAGUCUUCCACACGUUGUAUCUGUAUAUAUGUGUACAAUUAAACACUAUUGGACAGUAACAUUUAUAGGAUUACAUUACUGUAGAAUCUGCUACCAAAAGAGAUUAUCUAUUUCCAAGGAUCAUAUUUCAGUAGCAUAUUAAAUAAUUAUAUUUCUACUGAUUCAUUAAAACCUGUCCGUCUAUAGAAUUAUAUAUUCUAAAAACAUUCAAACCCUUGUUCUACAACCACUAAUAUAGCUUGAUUGUGCUUUUUGUUUCAAUUUUAGCAUGAAUGGAUUAAUAGGACUUUUUUUUUUUUUCUGAUUUUUCCUUGACGACACCACUGGUCUCUUAGAAGGAUUUCUGUCACAUUAAAUUACAUGUUGAUUUAUGCUGGGAAUUGGCGAUCAUUUUUAUCAUGAUCCAUACCUUAACCACUUUGAUGGCUAGCUUGUAAAUCAGAAUGGACAGCUGCUAUGUGCAUCGACCUUGUUACAUCGCAAGGUCAACUACAAAACACUAUGAAAUGUUCAACUGUGUUCAAGUCAUCUAAAUGUUGCUGAAUCGGAAAAUGGAAUGGUGAACAUUUAAUCCUUAACAUGAUUUCAUUACAUUGUGAAAGUCUCUUUGUAGAGUUACCAUCUGGCUUUCUCUCUGUUGUGAACUAUGAUUUGUAACAGGUCUAAAAAGCUACAUUGGCUGGCUGAACGUCAUGAGAACUAUAGUGCAACAACUGACUAGACAAAAGUUAUCCAUCCAUUCUUGCAGUGGAUAUUCCAAAAAUAAGCAACACUAAGAAUCACAAGUUUGGCCAAUCUGUGAUCCAAGAUUUUUUUUGUUUGUUUUUGUUUAUUUCCUUUGCCUAAUUUUAGAAGAGCCUUAACCUUCAUUAUGUCAUUGCCUUCCCUUUCUGGGCACUUUACCUCGGAUACCUUUUUAAUGCUACACUAAGGUUUCGGUUCUUGAAGGGUCCGCUAGGAAUAUUCAUUGCGAGUCUUUGUAAAGUUGCAGCAGUUAAAA